AUGGACUUCGAGGAGCUGAGCGAUUCGAGCGAAGGCUUCGACGACAGCGCGAGCGUCUCCGAGGACGACGACUUCCCCGGGGGCUCCUUCGCGGAGCUGCCGGACGACGAGGCCAUGGAGGUGGCCUGGACGCCGCCGCAGACGCUGGACGCGGCGGCGAGCGGCCUCAACGCGCUCGUGCGCCUCGUCGCGGCGCGCACGGCGGCCUCCCGGGGCUUCGCCGAGUCCGCGAGCGACGCGAGCUCGCUGAGCGAGCUCGACAGCGACUGGGACGACGGCGGCUGGGACGACGACGGCGAGGACGCGGCCGGUGACGACGCGCCCUGGCCGCGCGCGCCGCCGCUGCCGCCGGGGACGCGCGACGCCGUCGAGGCCGAGUGCAGCUGCCCGAUCACGCACGCGCUCAUGCUCGACCCGGUGCUCGCGAGCGACGGCGUCGUCUACGAGCGCGAGGCCAUCGAGCGCUGGAUCGCGACGGCCUGUGCGACGGCGCUGGGCCGGGGCGCGCGGCGCGUGCUGUCGCCCCUCACGCGCGCGCCGCUCAAGACGCGGCGCCUCGCCCCCGUGCGGAAUCUGGCGCGCCUCGCGCGCGCCGCGGCGGAGCGCGAGGACGCGGACGCGGAGCUCCGCGCGGACUACGCCGCGCGCUGCGUGCGCCGCGCGCUGCGCCGCCGCGACGCGGCCGCCGUCGUCCGCGCCAAGGCCGUCUGGGGCGGCGGCGCCUUCGCGACGGACGCCGAGCUCCUCGCGAGCGCCGAGGCCGCGGGGCCGGGCUUCUCGUGCGCGCUCAAGCUCGCGCUCUCGGGCGCGUCGCCGGGCUUCGCCGAGGCCCUGUCGCCGCUCCAGCGCUCCUGGCGCGCGCGCCGCUCCAAGCGCGCGCGCCGGAGCACGCUGAGCGCGAACGCGCUCCCCUUCUUCGCGCCGCUCGACUGA